AUGUUUCAUAAUGCAUAUUUGAAGUUAGCAAAUGCGUUAAGUUCUCCGCUAAGAAGACCUCCUUCACUAAAUUUUAAAAGAUUUUUUUCACCGAUAUCAACAUCACGACCAUUUUUCUUUUCACAGCAACCUUUUCCAACUUCAACCCCUAAAAAACAACGGCGAAAUUUUUUUGGAUUCUCCGAUAUCUUAUCAUCAAAAAAAUCCUAUAAUGGACAUAAAGUUGUUGGGUAUACACAAAAACAGCUUUAUGAUGUUGUAUCAAAUAUUGACGAAUAUCAUCUUUUCAUCCCAUACUGUACAAAUUCAGAGGUGUUAAAGUCACAUUCUGUUGAUAAAAGGACCAAAAUUCUUACAGCAGCGUUAGGUGUAGGAUUUAAAGGAUUUUCGGAGACGUAUUUAUCUGAAGUCACUUGUGAAAGGCCAAGAUUUGCGGUGGCAUCGUCGGAUGCACUAUUUAGCCAUUUAAUAUCCGUGUGGCAAUUUGCACCACAUAAUGAAUUACCGUCAACACAUUGUUAUUUGGACUUUCAUUUAGAAUUUGAGUUCACUUCACCUUUACAUGCUCAAGUUGCUAAUGUUUUCUUUGACCAAGUUAGUGCGUUGAUGAUUGAUGCUUUUGAGGAAAGGUGUAACCAAGUAUACGGACCACCUGCUCCUUCUAUCGAAGAUUAUUAA